GAAAAGAAAAUUCUUAUCUUCUAAAGCAAAACUGAAAACUCUCGUAUAUUUGUCGUUGUAAAAAGCUCAACAAAAAAGGCAUAUUUACAUCUAACUCCAUACGACACCUCUCUCUCUCUCUCUCUCUCGCCCCCCUCCGAUCCAUCCCAGGUCAUGGGAGUGUUGCUAUAACAGAAAUACCAAGUGAUUGCUGAUAAAAAGUUAAAAACCCAUGGGGACUGAAAAUCCUGGUCGUCCAAAUUUUCCUGCUAGACCUGUAGCUACGCCUUUUGCUGCUGCUCCUCCUCAGAAUGUGAUGCCUUUUUCAUCAUCUGGUCCUUUGGUUGGAUCAGAGGCCUCUGGUUUCAGGCCUACUCCACCAGCUGCUCCUCAGCCCACAGUGCCCUUUUCAUCAUCUAGGCCUUUGGCUGGAUCCCAAUCCUCUGGUUUUAGACUUCCACCACCACCUAGAUAUAAUGAUCCAUCUUUGCCUCCACCAGCAUCAAAUGUACCACCUACUGGUGGACUGUUCCAGCAUUUCCCAACACCACCUUUUCCCUCAACAGUUCAAGCACCCGCUUCACGUGUCCCGCCUGUGGGGCAACCAAUAGCUCAACCUCCUGCUCCACCAGUUUCCUUUCGCCCACAGCCGCAGAUACCACCAGUGCCAAUGGGAGCUCCACCUCAAAGUGUAAACUCUGCACCACCUAAUGUGAAUGUUCCUUACUCUGUCUCAGAUUCAUCGUUUCCAGCGCCCAUGACAAAUUUUCAGUCGUCAUUUCCUGGAUAUGCUCGGAUGCAGUCUAAUGCGGAUUUACAACCACCCCCUAUGCAGUCUCCUUUUCCUUCUCACCAAGGAGGUUAUGCACCUGCCCCUCCGACUUCUUCCACCCCUUUUCUUUCUCAUCAAGGAGGUUAUGUUCCACCUCCACCAGUGGCAGCGCCAUUGGGUCUGCAGUCAAGGGAUCAAAUGCAGUAUCCGGGCUCUGGACCUCCUGGUUCCAUCCAAGGUUUGAUCGAAGACUUCAGCUCUCUCUCUAUUGGGUCUGUUCCUGGGUCAAUUGAUCCAGGAGUUGAUCCUAAAGCACUACCAAGGCCAUUAGAAGGUGAUGUGGAGCCAAAAUUGUUUUCUGAGAUGUAUCCUAUGAAUUGCAAUCCUCGGUUUUUACGACUUACAACCAGUGGUAUUCCAAAUUCCCAGUCUUUGGCUUCAAGGUGGCAUUUGCCUCUUGGAGCAGUUGUGUGUCCACUUGCGGAAGCUCCUGAUGGGGAAGAAGUGCCAGUGGUUAAUUUCGUUUCAACAGGCAUUAUUCGUUGUAGAAGGUGUCGCACAUACGUGAAUCCAUAUGUCACAUUUACAGAUGCUGGGAGAAAGUGGCGUUGCAACAUCUGUUCUCUGCUAAAUGAUGUUCCUGGAGACUAUUUUGCCCAUUUAGAUGCCACUGGUAAAAGAAUUGAUUUGGAUCAGCGACCUGAGCUUACAAAAGGUAGUGUGGAAUUUGUUGCUCCAACUGAAUAUAUGAUGCGGCCUCCCAUGCCUCCAGUAUACUUUUUCCUCAUUGAUGUCUCUGUAUCUGCAGUCAGAAGUGGUAUGAUUGAGGUUGUGGCCCAAACGAUCAGAUCUUGUUUGGAUGAGCUGCCUGGCUACCCCAGAACACAAAUUGGAUUUGCAACAUUUGACAGCGCAAUACAUUUUUAUAAUAUGAAGUCAUCUUUGACACAGCCGCAAAUGAUGGUUGUCUCAGAUCUGGAUGACAUAUUUGUACCAUUGCCGGAUGAUCUCCUUGUCAAUUUGUCCGAAUCCAGAAGUGUGGUGGAAACAUUCCUAGAUAGCUUGCCUUCCAUGUUUCAGGACAAUGUGAAUGUGGAAUCUGCUUUUGGUCCUGCUCUUAAAGCAGCAUUCAUGGUUAUGAGCCAACUUGGGGGGAAAUUGUUAAUUUUUCAGAACACACUUCCAUCUCUUGGUGUUGGUCGCUUAAAAUUGCGUGGAGAUGAUCUUCGUGUUUAUGGAACAGAUAAAGAACACAUGUUAAGAAUUCCUGAAGAUCAAUUCUACAAGCAAAUGGCUGCUGAAUUAACUAAGUACCAGAUAGCAGUGAAUGUAUACGCUUUCAGUGACAAGUACACUGAUAUAGCCUCUUUAGGAACUCUGGCAAAAUAUACUGGAGGUCAGGUGUGUUAUUAUCCAGGCUUCCAAUUUGCCAUUCAUGGAGAGAAGUUGAGGCAUGAGUUAGCCAGAGACCUUACAAGGGAAACUGCCUGGGAAUCUGUCAUGCGCAUAAGAUGUGGAAAAGGUGUCCGAUUUACCUCUUAUCAUGGAAAUUUUAUGCUAAGAUCUACGGAUCUAAUGGCACUUCCAGCUGUAGAUUGUGAUAAAGCGUACGCAAUGCAGUUGACUCUUGAAGAGACAUUAUUGACAACUCAGACAGUAUAUUUCCAAGUUGCUUUGCUAUAUACUGCAUCAUGUGGAGAAAGGCGUAUUAGAGUACACACAGCAGCUGCACCAGUGGUUGCAGAUCUUGGAGAGAUGUAUCGCCAGGCUGAUGUUGGUGCUGUUGUUUCUGUGUUUAGCAGGCUAGCAAUUGAGAAAACGUUGUCCAGUAAACUCGAAGAUGCACGAAACUCUGUGCAACUAAGAAUUGUUAAAGCCCUUAAAGAGUAUCGAAAUCUUUAUGCUGUGCAACAUCGGUUAGGAGGCAGGAUAAUAUUUCCAGAGUCUCUGAAGUUCUUGCCUUUGUACGGAUUAGCACUUUGUAGAUCCACACCUCUUCGGGGAGGAUAUGCUGAUGCUCCACUUGAUGAGCGCUGUUCAGCAGGUUACACAAUGAUGACUCUACCAGUGAAGAAAUUGUUGAAGCUUCUAUAUCCUAGCUUGAUUCGACUGGACGAGUAUCUUUUGAAGGCAUCUGCUCAAGUCGAUGACUUCAAAAACCUUGAGAAAAGAUUACCACUGGCUGCUGAGAACUUAGAUUCCAGAGGCCUUUAUUUAUAUGAUGAUGGUUUUCGCUUUAAUAUAUGGUUUGGUAGAGCUCUUUCACCUGAUGUGGCCAUGAAUUUACUUGGUGCAGACUUUGCAGCAGAAUUGUCAAAGGUUACCCUUUCUGAGCGUGAAAAUGAAAUGUCAAGGAAGCUGAUGAGGAUACUUAAGAAAUUUAGAGAAAGUGACCCUUCAUAUUAUCAUCUGUGUCAUCUUGUAAGACAAGGCGAACAGCCCAGAGAAGGCUUCCUUCUUCUCUCCAAUCUUGUUGAGGACCAGAUGGGGGGUGCUAAUGGUUAUGUAGAUUGGAUUCUACAAAUACACCGGCAAGUUCAGCAAAAUCCAUAGUAUACCAAGUUCAGCAAUUUUUGUAAUAUAUAGGGGGCUUAACAUGCUUGUUCUGUUCCUCGUCCGUACAUUGAUGGAACGUUUCAUUCAAUAUAAUUAUCAGUUUGAAUUCAGACAUUGGUUCCCCUCGAGAAGUGUUGAUGGUUGAGUUGAUGAACUGGUCACCAGACGUUGAACAAUUUCUUUGUCCAUCACAGGAUGUAAUAAUUAGGGGAUAUUAGCUAGUGAUAUAAUCUUAUGCUUCUUGUCUUUAAAUUGAGAAGAAAAAUAGAAAAAAAAUUUUGAAUGCGAUAUCUUAACUACUUUAGCUACUUUUUCUUUUUUCUUUUAAAAAAAAAAAAAAAAAAAAUUCUAGUUUGUGUUGUAUUAUGAUUUUACCCCCCCAGAACGCAUGAUUGUUUGGAAGAGAUGCAAAGUUUGUUCAUUAAAUUAUUGGGUUUUGUUCUGUUACAAUGAUAA